GGCACGCUGGGAGCGGGGGUGUGGCCCGGGCCCCGGGGCAUGCCGGGAGCUGUAGUCCCCGGGCCCGACGCCUUGUGGCUGCGGGGCUGGGCUCAGGCUGUUCCGGGCUGGGGGAUGAGGGGCCCCCCCGGCUGCAGCAGGAGCCCCAGGGCAGCCGCGCUCGCGGCCGCGCCGUGAGGCUCCCUCGCCCCGCGCAGCGCCCGGCCGGGGGCGCGAUGUCCGCGGGGCCGGGCGGGGGGCCCGGCCUCUACCACGAGCGCCAGCGCCGGGAGCUCUGCGCCGUGCACGCCCUGAACAACGUCCUGCAGCAGCGGCGCUUCACCCAGGAGGCGGCCGACGAGAUCUGCAAGAGCCUGGCGCCGGACGCCCGGCUGAACCCCCAUCGCAGCGUCCUGGGCACAGGCAACUAUGACGUCAACGUGAUCAUGGCGGCGCUGCAGAGUCUGGACUUCGCGGCCAUCUGGUGGGACAAGCGCCGGCCCCUGGAGCAGCUGGCGCUGAGCCGGGUUCACGGUUUCAUCGUGAACGUGCCCUCCAACGUGUCCCUGGGCUUCGUGUCCCUGCCCGUGCGGCGUAAGCACUGGAUCGCCGUGCGCCAGGUGGGAGGCACCUACUACAACCUGGACUCCAAGCUGAAGGCCCCGGCCUGUGUCGGCGGAGAGGGGGAGCUCAGGGCUUUCCUGCAGGAUUUCCUGUCCCAGGGCCCCUGCGAAGUGCUGUUGGUCGUAUCCCGGGCCGUGGAGGAAUCCGGCAGCUGGUUGAACCCGGAGUGACGCUGCGGAUACCAAAGAUCCUGACUGUUCGUAGCAGCCUCGCCGGGGGGUGGGGAGGGGGGCAGGACCCACACGCUGAAUCAGGCUUCGGCACAGCCCUCCCUGGCACUGGCAUCAGAUACCCCAUCCCGCCUGCCCUGAGGAGUGCACGGGGGGGCCCUUCACCCCACGGGCCCUGCAGCCGGAGGAGGCACCGUGGGGCCACAGGGGAAGCUGGCUUAGGGUGCCCGGCCCCAUUUCCCUGGUGCCUGCUGGGCUCGGCUACAAGUGCUUGCAAAGUUUAUGAUAAAGGACACAACGCUGA